CGAGCCUCGAUGCAUAUGAUUGCUUAGCUAAUGGGACCCUCCUACUAAGAUUCAUGGAUUGGACUUAUAUCUGGACAAGAAUGCACCUAUGACUAGGCCCCAGAGUCCUGGGCGUGUUCGUCAUUCAUUAGGAGCCUCUUGCCGACCAAACCAGGACAUGCUGACAAGUGUUGCAGAUGCUCGGCCGAAUAUUUUAAAUCAUAAACCGAGUUCGCCGUUGAGAACAUAUCCGGGUCCCGGACCUUAACUAAUAACAUACAUCUACCAUAUAUUCCUCGUCCAUGUCAGCGAGUCGCACACCCUCAACAAAAACAACACGACGUUACUCCACAACUCUUCUAGCAAGCAUCACUAUCAUAUUGUUCGCGGUCUUCAUUUCAAUAGUACAAGGAUCUUUCGAAGUCGGAGAUCUGGCACGGUCAAUCAUUGCCGCAAAUCGCCUACUCUCGCCCCGGAACUGGACCAAAGCAUUCUCCACGUGCCCCAGCGUCAACACAAUGGCAAAUAAAACGCCCGUGUAUUUCGUGUCGCAUGGCGGCCCAUCCACCAUGUUCGAUACAGCACAUCCAGUCUACUCCCAACUAGAAGCUCUAGGUCGAGAAAUUACCGAAAAGGUCAAACCAUCCGCCAUCGUGGUAUUCAGUGCCCACUGGCAGGGCGAACGACCUAAUACAAUUCAAGUCAAUGUCUCGGAGCAAGAGCCUCUGCUCUACGACUUCUACGGGUUUCCACGUCAUUACUACCAGGAGAAAUACCCCAACAAAGGAUCAGCGAGUCUGGCGAAAAAGGUGAUUUCUGCGUUGAACCAGGGUGGCAUCCAAACGCAAGAGGCCCAGCGUGGUCUGGAUCACGGCGUUUUUGUCCCUUUCAAAAUCAUGUUCCAUCCGGAUCGAAAUCCCCUCACUAUUCCUAUCGUGCAAGUCAGUCUUUUCGACGAUGACACAGACGCCGAAGCACAUAUCAAGCUCGGUCGCGCGGUGGAGAAGCUUCGAGAAGAGAAUAUCCUCAUCGUUGCCAGUGGCAUGUCGGUGCAUAAUCUCAGGCAUUUGAUGAUGGGCCGCGGAAUGGGGAAGCCAAUGCCGUACGCAAUCACGUUUGACGCGGCCCUGAAGGAUGCCGCCGAGACGAAGCCUGGAGAUCACAGAGACGGGGUCAUGGUGGAUUUGUUGAAGAGAGGCGAUGCAAGACAAGCACAUCCAACAUUCGAGCAUCUAUUACCAAUUCACAUCGCCGUCGGCGCCGCGGGUCAGGAUCAGGGCCGUCAAGUCUGGACAAUGCCGGAAGGUUCGAUGGCAUGGGCGCAAUAUCGAUUCGGUCAGGUCCACCCACAAGUUGAAAAGAGUGCGAUGUAGAAAAGACCAGCUCGUAGAGGCAUCAUGAUUUUCCAGUUAUCUAGCUUGUGGCAGCCAUAUAGUAUGUACAACGAAACGGCAUCAUUCGAGUGG